AUGGCCGGCCCAUGGUCCUUCCUGCUGCUGCCUCUGCUGCUGCUCGCCCUGGUCCUAGCGGUCCAAGCCCAAGAGCGCCUGCGCCGCCUGCUGGGCAGCCUCAUGGAGGCCAACCAGAACGAGGACGGCGUGCAGCAAGAGCUCGGCUUCGCCCUAAGAGAAUUUAACCGGGCCAGCAACGACAAGUUCGGCAGCCGAGUGUUCCGGGUGGUGCGAGUCAGGAAGCAGGUUGUGACUGGUAUAAAAUACUAUAUUGACGCUGAGAUUCGUCGAACCACCUGCAACAAAUCUGUGGCUGACCUUUCAAGCUGCCCCUAUCACGAGGACCCAGCUCUGAAAAAGCACUCCAUCUGCGAGUUUGAGGUGUAUUCUGUUCCCUGGACGGGCAAAACCUCCCUCUUGAAGAGUGAAUGCAAAGAUGCGUAGGUGUAUCCUCACACAUCUGCGACCAGUCUGAGCUGCAGCUGUUUUCUCUGUUUUGAAAAAAGAGCAA